CAGAUUAGGAGGAAGUGUGCUGGGCGCUCUCCGCCGGUGACUCCACUCUCUUAUAUUGUUCAACAGGAAACGAGGGAGCGAGCAAGUGAGAAAGAAAGAGAGGGAGGGAACCAACCAACCAGCCAGCCAGCCAGCCAGCCCUCGGUCGGCUAGUCCAGGCCCCACCCUCAGCAUUCAGACUGAUCUGCUCGGAUGUCAGAAACCUGACUUACUUUCCAGCCAGUCACCUCUGAAACUCCUCUCAGUCCAGCUCAUGGGUCCCCAAAGUGGCCAGCCCCUUUCCAGGUAGCGAAGCUGUUGGAGAGGUCCGAGAGCCCCAGGCUGGGGCCGGAAUGGAGACAGCGGAUGGCCCGGGGGACGAGUACGUGUUGGUGGAGCAUGCCUUCGAGUACACCGGAAAGGAUGGACGGCGCAUCAGCAUUCAACCCAAUGAGCGCUACCAGCUGCUGCGGCGGAGCACAGAGCAUUGGUGGCACGUGAGGCGGGAACCUGGCAGCCGUCCCUUCUACUUGCCCGCUCAGUAUGUGCGGGAGCUGCCGCGGCUCAGCUCCCCUGACGACCCGGCCUCUCCCCAAAUGCCCUUGCCCGCCGCUGCCCCGGCCACCCGCGCCCCGGAGCCUCUCACUUACGAUUACAAAUUCGUGAGCAUCCCCGCAGAGACCGCGCCCGCCCCGUCGAGUGGCGACUCCGGGAGCCCCUCGGAGCAUGCGGCUGGAGCCCUGGGCCGCUUCAGCUCCUUCCACAGCCCCGGGCGGCGCCGCGAUGCUAGCAAGCGGAGCAGUUUGGCCCCUGGCCUCCCCACCACCCUCUACCUCCGACCCGCAACCCCCAUCAGGACGGCACAGUCCUUAGACGACCUGGCUCGGACCGCAGUCGUGCCCCUCUCCGGGCUCCUGGGGAGCUCGGGGUCUUACAAGGCUUGCAGCGUGGCGGGCUCCUGGGUCAGCCCCCGGCCCCUCGCCAAGAGCCGGCCUCUCCCCCAGAGCCGGAGCGAGUCGGAGAACAUCUAUGAGUCUAUCCAAGACGUGCGAGGCGAGCUUCCCAAAGAGAAGGUAGAGAGUUCUCUGGACCCUGUGUAUGUGAAUGUGGAGAGGCAGCAGCGAACUCCAGCUCUGGCUCCAGUCCCUGCCCCUGCCCCUGGCGCAACCCCUACCUCCACCGGCCCAGUGUGGGAGACUCAUACAGACUCAGGCAGUGGACGACCCUACUAUUAUAAUCCAAUCACUGGGGAGACCACUUGGGAAUCUCCCUUUGGGCCUCCCGAGUCUGCAUCUAGCCCAGCUACCUCUCUAUCCCCUCUGGGCAGCCCGGGGGACCCUGAAGCUGAGUGGGAUCAGUACUGGGAUGAAGAAAGCAGGAGGGUGUUCUUCUACAACCCCCUGACUGGUGAGACUGCAUGGGAGGAGUCCACCAUCCCUGAGAUGCAAACAGAACUUGCCCCCUGUAGCCCCAUGGACCAACGGCCACCAACACCAGAGGCAGACUAUCCAGAGGAACUGACCUGCUACCCAGAUGAAGACUACUCUCCAGGGAGCUCUUACACUGAUGCCAGCCUGGGCUCCCCAGCCCCAGGGCAAACAACUGACCCCUACAUACCCCCUGGCUGGUCCUGCCACAUCACCCCGGAUGGGCAUUUGCUCUAUACCAAUCUUUAUACACAGGAACAGUGGAUGAGGUCCGAGGAUGAGCAGGGGAAGCCAUACUUCUACAAUCCCAGUGAUAGCACCACCCAGUGGGAGCUUCCCCAGGUACCUGUCACGGGCCAGCGCCACCAAAGCAGCGGCAGCAAGUCCAGCCAGAGCAGUGAUUCCCUGACACCAAGCAGCCCUCCAGAGGAGAAAUCCAAGACUCUGGAUAAAGCUGGUGUCCUUCAUCGCACCAAGACAGUGGACAAAGGGAAACGUCUACGUAAGAAGAACUGGAGCCCAUCUUGGACUGUGCUAGAAGGCGGGAUUCUGACCUUCUUUAAGGAAUCAAAGGCCUCAAUUGCUGGUGGCCUGAGACAGCCAUCCACCUUAUCUACUCCAGAGUACACCGUAGACCUCCGAGGAGCCACCCUCAACUGGGCCGCCAAGGACAAGUCUAGCAAGAAGAAUGUGCUACAGCUCCAGAGCCGAGAUGGCUCUGAGUACCUGAUUCAGCAUGACUCAGAGCCCAUUAUUGGGACGUGGUACAAGGCUAUCAGUCAGGGAAUCCGGGAGCAGUCCACAGAUGCCUACCCUGAGACUGACAGUGAAAAUAGUGCUGACUUUGGGUCCAUUGAGCGGCUGGGAGGUGGAAGGGAGAAAGAAGAGGAAAAGAAACAUCCUAUGAGUCCCAUGGGUCCUGAGAAUGACUCCAACAAGGUUCGGCACAAACUCCGAAAAUUCUUAUUGAGGAGACCAACCCUGCAGUCUCUUCGAGAUAAGGGCUACAUCAAAGACCAGGUGUUUGGCUGCGCGUUGUCUACAUUAUGUGAGCGAGAGAACAGCCUCAUACCCCGCUUCGUGCAGCAGUGUAUCCGGACAGUGGAGGCUCGGGGGUUGGACAUUGAUGGAUUGUACCGCAUCAGUGGGAAUCUGGCCACCAUCCAGAAACUUCGUUACAAAGUGGACCAUGAUGAGCGGCUGGACCUGGAUGACGGGCGAUGGGAGGACGUCCACGUCAUUACCGGAGCAUUGAAGCUCUUCUUCCGGGAGCUGCCUGAGCCCCUCUUCCCCUUCUCUUACUUCCGCCAGUUCAUCGCAGCCAUCAAACUCCAGGAUCAGGCCCAGCGGAGCUGCCUCAUCCGGGACCUGGUGCAUUCCCUUCCCGCCCCCAACCAAAACACCAUGCGUGUCCUCUUCCAGCACCUCUGCAGGGUGAUUGAGCAAAAAGAAAAAAACCGCAUGUCCGUACAGAGCGUGGCGAUCGUCUUUGGGCCCACACUGCUGCGGCCUGAGUUUGAGGAGGGAAACAUGCCCAUGACCAUGGUGUUUCAGAACCAAGUGGUUGAGCUGAUACUCCAGCAAUGCAGAGACAUCUUUCCCCCAUGCUGACCCAGCCUUGCCAGAGGCCAGGACACACCUGGACAGUGGGAUGUAGACACAAUGGGGCGGGAGGGUAGAGAAAGGGGUAGGGGGACAUCGAUUUAACCAAUAAAUGGAGAGAGUUUCCUUUGUGCUGGGCUUGUUGUCCUGUGGCUCAGCAGGGUGGGGGUCUCUAGCAGGUCUUGGGUACCCAGAAAUUUGGCAGGAAGGGAGGAGAUAGCCUGCAUCACCCUCCCCUUCCCAAAUCUCUCCUCCCCCUCAGUCCCCUAGUAUAGAAAGCUAGAAUCAUGGGCUUCAGAGUUGGAAGGGACCUUAGACAUCAUCUCGUCCAGCCCCCUCACUUUAUGGAUAAAGAAAGAGGCCGCAUGGGUCCAAUGGGGAAACACCCAUUGAGUGACUUGCCAAGAUCACUUAGGUGGUGGUGUAGAGAGAGGUGAGGGGAAGAGUAGGAGACAAGGCUAGAAGCAGAGACUGGUGUCAGGCUACAGAGCCAUGAAUGCCAGAAAAAAAGGAGUUUGAAUGUUAUUUGGACGGCAGGAGGGAGCCAUGAACAAUUUUUGAGCAGAACCACAUAACCCACUGAAGGAGAAAGAUUUCUGGGUUACUCUUCAAGGUCAAGGUGUCCCCAGGGGCUCAUGGUGGCCUUCUAACCUCUGUGAAUCCAGAAUCUCUCAGCCCACAUAGUCCUUAAAAGACUCAACAGUUAGAGAAAUGAGUGAGCAUCCCGUGCCUCAGCCUGGGGUUAAGACUGACAAAACAGGGACAAAUGGAAAAUGGGACAGCUAUGGAAUGAGGCACCCUAAUGUUAAUCUUCAGGCCAUGAGGCUCACACUCUUUAUCUGUGACGCUGUGCAUCAUUCAUUCUGCACCCCUAUAAAGGCAAAUUCCUUGCCUUUGACCACCACCAACGGGACUUAGCCCUGGGGAAUCCACAGCGACCCCUGGUGGCAAGUUUAAGUAAUAAAAAGGAUCACAACUCAUGAUCAGCCAUUAGGGAGCUGAGUCCUGCUGUCUAGAAGAAGCCUACAGUUUAAGUCAGUGGAUUUGAAACUUUUUUGAUUGCUCAUGCCUAUCAAUAAAAAAAGUUGGAAAACACA